UGUCAUUGGGCUCUUCUUAACCACAGUCUGAUGGUGGUUUAAGGCCACACAUAUUUGUUGCAAAAAGAGAGAAGAAAUAAAAACAAAUUUUUCAUUUAGUCAUACAUGCAUAUACGAGUACAGGUGGGCAAAAAAAAAGAAAAACAAUUUCAGGCUCAAUGGAUAUAAAAUAGCUGACAAAGCUGAUCGCUGGACGAACCUCAGUGACAAUGAUUCCAGCAUUAGUGGAAACGCAACACCAUGGCCAAAUGAAAAUGCUGUUGAUAAGCCUCGACUGCAGAAAACAUUAUGGAACUCUUGGGCAAAUUUGACAUGGCAAAACAUAACUUGGAGUCCUAUUACUACGACUUCAAUGCCAUGGCAAAAUUAUACUCUCAGUCCUUGGUCAAAUAUGACUUGGCAACCAAUGUCGAAUAUAACAUGGAGUCCUUGGGAAAAUUCCACAACUAGUAUUCCCUUGGCAAAUACGACUUCAAUGCCAUGGCAAAAUUAUACAUGGAGUCCUUGGUCUAAUAUGACCUGGCAAUCUCUAAGGCCACCUAUAAACCCGAUUGUCCCUUUGACAAAUUCCAGCUCGAUGACUUGGCAGAAUGAGACAUGGAGUCCUUGGCAACCAUGGACGAAUUUUACAUGGAGCCCUUUGCAAAAUUCUACGCUCUCAACACCAACAACUACAUUGUCUUCAAAACCAUGGCAAAAUUACACUUGGCAUCCUUGGGCAAAUAUGACCGGGCUACCUUGGGAGAACUAUACAUGGGGUCCUUGGGAGAAUAUUACAAUUCCAUCACCAUCUGCAACAGUAAUACCUUGGGAAAAUGUGACUUCAAUGCCAUGGCAAAAUUAUACCUGGAAUCCUUGGUCUAAUAUAACCUGGCUACCAGGGGAGAAUUACACUUGGAGCCCUUGGGACAAUGCAACUUUCACACCACCAAUAACUGCAUCGACUUUAAUGCCAUGGCAAAAUUACACUUGGGCAAAUAUCACCUGGGAACCUUGGGAGAAUUAUACAUGGAGUCCUUGGGAGAAUUUGACCACUUCGACACCCUCAGCAACAGAUAUGCCCUGGGAAAAUUCGACUUCAAUGCCAUGGCAGAAUUAUACCUGGAAUCCUUGGUCUAAUAUAACCUGGCUACCAUGGGAGAAUUUCACUGGGAACCCUUGGGAAAAUGAAACUUUCACACCACCAGCAACUGCAUCGAGUUUAAUGCCAUGGCAAAAUUACACUUGGUAUCCUUGGGCAAAUAUGACCUGGCAACCUUGGGAGAAUUACACAUGGAGUCCUUGGGAGAAUUUCACUACUCCUUCGACAACUGCAUCGAGUAUAGAAAACUCCACUUCAAUGUCAUGGCAAAAUUAUACUUGGAGUCCAUGGACAAAUAUAACAUGGCAGCCAUGGAAAAAUUAUACAUGAAGCCCUUGGAAGAAGUUCACCAAUGACACUCCACCGUUAACACAUACGCCCUGAUAUCGGUUCAUAGAAUAGAUAUGAUGCUUAAGUGAGCCAUUGAUAGAAGUUCAUAUUUUUCGAUUUUUUUUUGACUUGAUGUCUAUAUUUUUGAAUAUUUGCACACAUUUAUAUGAAAUGUGCAACGUUGAUGUGUUUAUGAUAAUCAAUUGUUUUAGUACU